AUGGCGGCAGAAGAGCUAUCAGAGAGCGGCAUAGCCCAGCUAGUCCAGGCCCUGGAAUUAACCCAUAGCCCAUCAGCGUCAAACGAGGUCCGCCAGGAUAUCUUCGCAUUCAUCGAAUCUCAGAAGCAAAGCAAGGCGGCGGCGCGGAAUGGGUUUCUACUGGUCUCGCGGAGGGAGUAUCCGCCCAUGGUCCGCUACUUUGGCUUAACGCUGCUGGACCAUGUGUUGCGGAACAGGUCGUUCACUUCCACGGAGUCUCUGAUUCCGCUGCAGGAGAUGGUCCGAGAGGUGGCAGAGUCCCUGCAACCCGAGGACCCGCCGUUCAUCCGCAACAAGAUCCCCCAGCUCUGGGCUGAGAUCGCGAAGCGGACAUGGGGCCUCGAUUGGAUCAACAUGGAUGAGUCGCUCAUGAAGCUGUGGAACGCCAGUCUCAUUCACAAGAACUUCGUGCUCGCUGUCCUGGAGUCGCUGUCUGACGAUAUCUUCUUGCGAGAAGACACCGUCUCGUCGCUGAGAGGUUCGGAUCUGAACAGGGCGAUGGUCGAGAUUAUCACGCCACUAUCCAUCUUCAAGGAGUUCUAUCCGGAUCGAGAUCAACAUGUCGAGCUUCGAUGUGGCCCGGAGGGAUGGCUGACUCGGAUUUGCGAGUUUCUGCGCACCUGCGUCCAGAAUCUUCCCAACUCCAAGGAGGCCAGCGAUGCCGCACUUAAGGCCCUAGCAACCUUGAAAUCAGUCCUCCCAUGGUCUAUCCCAAAGGCGAUUAUCACCUCGCAGUGUGUCCCAAGCAUCUUCACCGCUUUGACCUGUCAAAACGAACAGGUACUCCUGGCCGCUGUCGAAGCACUCAAUACUCUAUACAGCAGAUCCAACAUUGAUAUCGAAGAGUUCCAGCCCCUAGUGCAUCUAAUGUACGAGACGGAAUACCUCAAUGUUCUUCAAAAGCUGUAUGAAUGGUCGGUUGUCGGUCCCGAGGAUGCAGUCGAUACCCGUUACACCAUCUCCAAAAAACUCUCUGAGGUUAUGUCCUAUAUUGCAGGGUUCCUCGAAGAAAAGGGGUUUGCCCUUCAAAGCGCUCACGGCAUGAACUUGGCCUCCUUUUUCCACUUAAUGCUCAAUAUUAUCCAACACCAGAGUCUCUCUGUUGCCAUCCCCGUUCUGCAUGUCUGGUCCAAACUUCUAACCUCAGAGAAAAUCGGCAAUACGGAACUGGUGACCAGUUUGGUUCCCUCGCUUUUGGGGGUUUGCAGCCGCCGGCUAGUUCGCUGGGAGUCUCUCCCAGAGGGCUCAGAUGACCCCACAGUCCUGUUCUUGGACGAAGAUAUCGAUACCAUUCCUGAGCGUCAUGCUUUUGUCGGAAAUUUUCGGCGAUAUUGUUCCUCCAUUAUUGAAACGAUCGUCCAGAAGCGACCCCAUGAAGCGAUCCCUCAUAUUCUCUCGGAAGUGGAUGGCAACCUGGACAACCUUUAUAAUGGGGCCGAACCUUUCUGCUUGGAAAAAUUCUCGAAGACAUCUGUUCCCCUCAUGCGCGCUGAUAGUCAAUUCACUGUCGUGGAUGCGGUAUUGAAGGGUUAUGGAAGAUGGGUGGCGUCACAUGGUAAGACGCCACAGCAAGAUGAGCAACAGCGAGGAGAGUUGGAACAAGUCUUGGAAACCUGGGCGUAUAGACUGAUGUCGCGAAAUUUCGAGGAUCCUGUAAUGAAGCAAAGAGUGAUUAAGCUCAUCGUCGACAUAUCAUCUAAAGCCCUUGACAAGACACCUAGUUUUGCGCUGAAAGUCUUGGAGCAUAUCCUUGUUUCCCGAGUGCCGGAUGAGCCGACCUACCCUGCAUACUCCGAAGCUAUUAAAGAGUUGCAUGGUCUAACAAGUCAUGAAUUACGUCGACUUGCAAUGCGUUACGCAGACUAUUUUGCUUCCUUUUACGAUCUUCUUGAACCAAAGAUCAACGAAAUCAGUCUGGCCAACCGUGUCGAUGACAAGUUACAAAUGGAGUUGACAUCUGUCCUUCUCAUUAUCAUGCAACGUGCCCACAACGUCGAUUCUUAUCAACGCAAAGUUCUGUUGACAAGUUUUCUGCAGCCGAUCAAGCAGGCUUGGCAAGACGAGGAGUUUAAACGCGUGAGUUCGUCAUUUGACGGAUUUUGCAGCCUUCUGGGUUUGCAAAGUGUCGGUGGAUAUAUGCGAGACAAAGAGGCGCAGAAGGUGGUGGACUGGACAGAAGUUGCCUUGGACCAUGAAGGCAGGCUCAUUCAGGAAGAAAUGACACGGAAAUUUCAACUCUUGCCUCUACGAGGCACGAAAACGCUGUUGGCGGUUUCGACGGAAAAAUUAAAGAAAACCGAUAGCGCAUACCAGCUCGCCUGUGAUAUGUGGCAUAACGUGAUCCCCAUCAUCUUGCCAACCCUUUUGCAACUCGUGAGCCAUGCUCAUGCAUUCCACAAUCCUGCUAAUUGGAGCGGUCUUCCCCAAGAUAUGCAGGCCGUCGUUGAGCGGAUUUUGACCGAUAGAUUCUGGCAAGCCGGCAUAUCGACAGGUAGCCGAGACGAGUUCUACGCGAAGAUCACAUCGUCUCGGUUCACCCUUGAGGGCUUCGCUUCCUCAGUCCGAGGCAAGAUCAGAGCAGUUCGUGAAUCAUGCUACUCGAUGCUAUUUAGUAUGAGCAGGCUACGUGAGAAUUUCUAUGGGUUUGCAGAACUCCCAGGGCCAUUGUCCGAGGCUCUCUUCAACGAUGCGACUCAUCUGUCAUCCCAUCAGUUUUCUGUUCUACUCAACAUAUCGCGCUGUCUGAUCGACGACUGUCCUGUUCGCUUCCGAAGCAUUUUUUUACCGCCCAUGCUCUCGACCUUGUUCACUCAAAUCGAUAAGAAGGUAACGUCUGAGUGGGAGAUCAUUGAACAGCGCAAAGCCGGAGCUGCCGAUGAUGACCUGGCAGAUGAAAUGAAAUCGGAAAGUAUUCUCCGACAAUUGACCUAUUCCGCGGUCAUUAUGGUAGCGAGCCUUUUGGAUCCACAGCGAGGGGACCCGGAUGAAGUCGAUGCCAGCGGUGCCAGCGGCCAGGGUGCCCCUGCACAGUCUGAUUCAAUUCGGUAUUUUGUCCUCUCCUCGCCAGAAAUUUUCGAGCCAGUGAUGCUCUUCUGCACCCACGCCCUGCGCAUGCGUGAUACUCGAUGCUGCAGCAUCAUCACCCGUGUAAUCCGUUCGAUUUUGCAGGAUUUCGCGCCCCCUAACAACACUCCCACCGUCAUUACGAUCCGCGAGUUUAUCUGCUCCGAAGUUCUCAAGGCGUGCAUCACAUCGGUCAACGAGCCUUACUUCGUCGAUAUGCAAAAGGACCUUGCCCAGUUAAUCGCUUCCAUCUGGGUUCUCUAUGGCUCCAGCAGCCCGACCCCACGGGCUGUGAUUCUCAGUCUUCCUGGUUUGACUGAAGAACAUGUCGCCACCACCGAGGCUUCGCUAGUCCGCUCUUCUUCUGCGCGGCAGCAGCGUGCCCUAGUUCUGGAACUUCUGGAAAGCCUUUGCGGCGUAAGCGUCGCGGAGCAGGGCAAAAUCUUCAGUACGCGUGAAGAGCGGCGCAAGGCCCGCAGCGUGUUGCAGAAGAGAUACAUGAGUCGCGAUAUGGAGGCGCAACCCACCAGAGUUGACAUCAACGAUGGGCCUGACCUGGGCGGACUGGCGGAUAUGUUUGGAUGA